AUGUAUAAACCAAAAAAUGAAUAUAUUUUUUUGUCUUUUUUUUCCUAUUUACCACUACUAACUAAAGUAGAACGAAAUUUUGUAUCAAAAAGUUACACAAAAAAAGACACUCUUCCUUCAAAACCGGUAGAAGGAAGAAUCCCUACAAUUUUAGAACAAGCAACAGGAAUUGAAAAAUUUGAACUUUUAAAGAAAAUAGCAGGAGAGGAGGCAUUUGAUCUUGAGCCUCUUGAUGCAAGCCGUAUGGGAACACUUAAAGACCCCAUUAUUGUUAAAAGCUUCGAAAAAACACGCUUAAUAGGAUGUACAGGAUUCCCUGCAGAUUCCCAUAAUGUACUUUGGUUUGAAUUAUCUAAGGACCGACAAAAUUCACGAUGUCCAGAAUGCGGUAAUGUCUAUAAAUUAGAUUUUAUUGGUGUAGAAAAUACAAGUAACCAUCAUUAA